GGCUGCGCAGAGGUCGUGUUGUCUGACAUACGACGUACGGCACGGCGCUCAAAAGCGUGAUUGACGGCCCAGCGCGAGACGUGGCCGGUGUGACCGUAACACAUAAAGUGCUCAUCUGUUACGCACCACGCAUACACCAUGGCUGGCGUACGCCCGAGCAUCGGCCUGCUCCUCUCCCAGUUCCACGUGACGAGGGGUAACGAGGUGGCGUGCUGCUAUCCCAGCACUUUCCGCUUGCACGCAGGCCUACACACCGACGGCCUCGAAUGGAAGGUCUUGCCGAGUGGCGGGCAUCUGGUUAGCAGCGAUGUCAUCCUCUUCGAGACGCCAACCCCGGAGAAGCGCAUUGAAAAUCGCAGUGGGAUAGGGAUUGCUGUCUUUCGCAACCUCAGGCUUGAUCCUGCCGGUCAAGCACCCUCCGAUGCAACUGGAACGGCCACCCGCAGCUCAACAAACAGACAACGCGGCGCGAGGAUGUUCAGCGCAAGCUUGCUUGUCCUCUUGUCCAACGAUGCAGACAGCGCUCCGUUCAAUCGAGGCACGGACGCACAAGCCGGCGAAUCCCCAUCGCCCUUCUUCAAAUCAAAAGCAGCGUCAGAAAAAGUGCGUCAGCGGAUUUACACGCUCGCUCUGCCAGCUUUACAGCACCUCGCAGCCGAGGUUGCGCUCCUGCUACACGCACAGCCAGACCUUGACCUCUCCAAUUCCACUGCCGCUACCGCAGGCACAGGGUCCCCAUCCUCUCAUCUGGUCGACGUCAACUAUACAGAUGCAGCGAAACAGGUUUCGAGCAUGCUCGAGCAGGCGCACGGGCGCUUGACUGUUGCCUUGUCGACGCUAAUCGACGGGUCCAUUUUCACAGGGCCUCCUCAAGUACAACCCCUUCUACCAUCCCACGCGAGCAUCCACUCGCUCCCAGCACAGCACGCCACUUUUGGGCCCCUGCUCCUAAAGCUGCUGAAGGUACUAUUACCAAGCUAUCUCCCCGGCACAUACUCCUCGUCGCUCUUGGCUUCUGGAAUCGCUCCGUUAGCUAGAGCGCGACCGCGAGCCCCACGUGUGCUCAUUUACACACCGAGCGGCAGCAGCAAGGAUGCAGCUGGUCGAAAUGGAAUUCAAGAGGGCAUGGUGCAAACGGCAUGUGUAUUUGCAAGCAACUUGCUCGUCCUCCUGGAAGACAUAGCCGCACAAAAUUCAGGUCACCUUCACCACCUCCACCAUCAUCAUCGGCAGCGUGAGGGCGGUGACUUUGGUCUACGAUUGCGAGGCUACGUUAGCGUACAUGACCUCGUCGCUCUAGACGCUGAGCACAGGGCGGCAAAUGGUGCCAACGCAGAGGAGGAGGAGAGAGGCUCGCGAAGUGGCUGGCUUGCUGUCACGUCCGAUGCCAUCUUGCGCGAAAAGACGACUCUGUUCGAUAUCCUGCUCGACCUCUCCCCUCUUGCCUGCCUGCCUGCUUCCGCCACUGUCGCCGGCGGAAACGAGCAUGCACCAACCGCGUUGCCGCUGCUAUCCAUGGUCGUGGAUGAUUGCGGCAGCGAAAGCAACGAUGGCGGGAGGAGAGCGCAGGGAAGGAAAGGCGCUAACCUGCGCCUGCGCAGGCUCAAUUGGACAGCGCGGGAGUUCGGAGCGUGGGACAUCAUCGACCGCACUGCUGAGUUCACACUGCAGGAGCGCGAGGCAGCCCUCAUGCAGCAGUGUCAGCGUCACCGAGGCAAGAGCCAGAGCCAGAGAGGGAAGGGGCCCGCUCAGCAACAACUGGAACAGGAAGCUGAGGAAGACAAUUUACUUCAUGUGCCUGGUGCGAUGCCACAGCCGUCAAGGUCCACGCCCGGCCGUUCCGCCAGGAGCAACAGCAGCAGGCACAGUUCGCACCACUGGGUCACCACCCUCUUUGCUUUCCUGCACUUCUGCUGCGCAGGCUGGCCCACAGUCUCCGUGCUGCUCUCAUUCAUUUGGCGGCGUCAGCCCGGAAGCCUCGCACUUCACACUGGCAGUGGGAGGGCCAACAGCGGCGGCGGUUCCCAGCUUGCGUUGGGGAAUCUGCUGGGUGGCAGAGAUGGGCGGGAGGCAGAGGCUGAAGGAGACACUCAGGAGGAGGACGAUGAUGUUUCUGAGCGCGUAGAGACUGAAGGAAUAGACGAACAGGUGCCAAGCGGAGGCGGGCGUGGCCCUCUGAUUAUCGCUAAACGCGGCAUGGGCGCAGAACAAGACUUGACACACGUUAAUGAAGCUACCCUUGAUGAUGCAGACAUGGCCGACGCGACACUGGCACUGGCGCUGCAGCAAGCAUGGGUCGACUGGGGCGCGUCUCUGCUGACAACCGUCGUGGACGAAGUGUUGCGAGAUGUGUCCACAGCGUCCACGGUCGUCAAAGCAAGCGCUAUGCGCCGUGCAGGUCUCAGCGUCUGCAAUCCGGCGGACGUUGAGCUCGUGCGUGCCGUUGCCACAAGCCCGCGCUCGGCGCAGCAUGUCUCCUCGCCGCCGCGGCAGCUGGAGUUCCAGGCCGGCUGGCGUGGGCUCUUUAGCUGGUGAACAUGUACACAGCUCAGCACAAUCAACUCAGCGUAGCCCAGCAGACG